GACCAACUCAGUUUUCCAUUUUCUUUCUUCUUUUUUUCCCCUCUAUUUUCUUUCUCUUAUCUUUUUCCCCCUCAUUGUUUUUUCAUCUAACUUUCUCAAAUCCCAAACAAAAGACCCCUGGAAAAAAAAAGGGUUCUUUUUAGAUUUUGAAAUAAAGGCAGAAAAAUGGUGAACUGGGAGCUAAACAGUUGCUGCAAUAAUGGCCAAGUUACCUUUCUGGUUACAAUUGGUGUCUUCACUGUUGUCAUUCUUGUUCUAUGGAGGACAGUGCUGUUGCUGCCGUUUAAGCUCAUUACAGUAUUCUUGCAUGAAGCAAGUCAUGCAAUUGCCUGCAAACUUACCUGUGGUCAUGUAGAAGGGAUCAAGGUUCAUGCAGAUGAAGGUGGAGUAACACAGACAAGAGGCGGUAUAUAUUGGGUGAUCUUACCUGCUGGAUAUCUUGGCUCAUCAUUUUGGGGGAUGGCUUUGAUUCUUGCAUCCACAAAUCUCCUCACUGCAAGAAUAGCUGCUGGUUGUUUUCUUCUUGCUCUCGUUGUCGUGCUCUUUUAUGCUAAAAAUUGGACACUUCGAGGACUGUCCAUUGGUUUUAUUAUUUUCCUUGCUCUAAUUUGGUUUUUGCAAGAAAGGACAACAGUUCAUAUUCUCCGUUACGCCAUUCUAUUCAUCGGUGUCAUGAACAGUCUGUUUUCAGUCUAUGAUAUCUAUGAUGAUCUAAUAUCUCGAAGAGUCAACUCCAGUGAUGCCGAGAAGUUUGCCGAAAUUUGUCCUUGCCCCUGCAAUGGAGUUGGAUGGGGGUUUAUAUGGGGAAUGAUAUCAUUCAUAUUUCUCGGUGCAUCAGUGUAUCUAGGACUUCUCAUCUUAGCUUGACCUGAGGUUCUGGGAUUGGUUGAAAGUCAUCUUGGUACCGGCAAGUUAUUAUUGUACAUCAUUCAGCACUGUGUUAAAAUGGAGGAUGCCAUUUUUCCUUAUUCAGAACAUAGUUUAUUUGUUUGUAAUUUGAUUCAUCAUUCAUCCAGCAAUGUAUUGUUGUGCAAUUCUGUUUUUGGUAUUAGAUAAUAACAGCUUGGCUUCAUUCUUUGUAACCCUUUCUCAUUUGGGCUCAGAUUCAUUUUCUUUUCAGACUGUACUAGACUAGACCAUAUUGUAAAGUAAUAUUAUUUACAGGUUUAAUUCAUUUUCAGCCCAUCAUUCUGAA